UACAACGUUACAUCGCCAACGGCUCGUCGUCGUCGGCGGCGGCGAGCUUCGGUCCGUGGGCCGGUCGGUGAAAUUUAAGAGUUCCGAUCCGAAGGUUUGUUCCUUGGGAGGGGACAAGCAGGGGAUGUCUGAGGAGGCGGUCCGCCAGACACGCAGCCAGAAGAGGGCGCUGGAGAGGGAGGCUGCUCCACAGUCUGGAGAACCCCCCAUUGCUGACAAUGAAAGCAAAAAACCUAAACUUGACCCCUCAGAACCUGAAACGGAGGAGCAAACUAAACCUAAAUCCAACCUUAUAGCGGCACAGGACAGUGCAAGCCGGACUACACCUACAUCAGAGCUCGAGAAGGAGCAGGAUCAGAAAGGCUCGCCGUUACCUUUAGCGUUACCUUUGACCUCACAGCCGGUGAAGGAUGACCAGGAUCAGACCCAGAGACAGCAGACGGUUGAACCCAGCUCAGACAAUCGGACUGACUGCAAUGACAAAGCCAGCAAGGCCAGGACAGAGCCGGCUAUGGAUACUAGGAGCCGGGUGCGACAGACAGAGCUAAAGGCGUCCAGCGGCAUGCUGGCUGCAGGAGAGGUGAAGGCCACCAUCAAAGUGGAAGUUCAGACGGGAGAGCAGCCCGUGGACAUGAGCACCUCCAAAGGUAUAAAAAGAGAGAAGCGCCCUCCGUCCCCUGAAGAUGAUGAUGUCAUUAUCUUGUCUGAUAACGACUCCCCCAGUCCACCGAUGAAUGGCCUGAGCCACUUUAAGGAGCUCGACACAGACCUCCUCAUGAAGAGCAGCCCAGCAGAGAGGGAGCGCAUUAUUAAGCAGCUGAAGGAGGAGCUGAGACUGGAGGAGGCCAAACUGGUGCUGCUGAAGAAGCUUCGACAGAGCCAAAUACAGAGAGACACCCUGCAGAAGCCCUCAAGUUUAUCGGGCUCCUCUGCUCCUCCUCCUCUGAUUCGAGGAACUAUUGCAAGCAAUAAAGGCUCCCAGCAGAUUUUGACAGGGAGGAGUUCAGGUACAGUCAUCCCUCCGCCUCUGGUGAGAGGAGGGCAGCAGGUGUCAUCUAAGCAUGGCUCCCAGAUCAUCAUGCCGCCUCUGGUUAGAGGGGCACAGCCCAUCUCUGUAUCUCCACAGCAGAUCCAGGCUCUCCGCCAGCAGCAGCAGCAGCAGUUGGCUGCCUCUGGAGGCUCAGGGUCAGGACCGCCUCCUCUGCUGCUGGGCCCCAGGACCUCAGCCCCUGCAGGCCAGAGAGGCAUGGUCCAACAAGGCCUCAUCAGAAUCAGCAGUAGUGCCAACACGCUGGGCUCGCCAUCCGGUUUGAAAGGCUCUUCCUCAGGAAGCAGUGUGUCUGUGGUGAGCGUGAAUGACUCCCCAGCCAGCCGCCAAGCUGCAGCUAAACUCGCUCUGCGCAAACAACUGGAGAAGACCCUCCUGGAGAUCCCCCCACCCAAGCCACCUGCCCCAGAGUUUAACUUCCUACCCUCAGCAGCCAAUAAUGAGUUCAUCUACCUGGUGGGACUGGAAGAGGUGGUGCAGAAUCUGUUGGAUACCAUCCACAGAGGAAAGACAGGUGUAGCACUGUCCAAGCCCUCUGUCAGAGACCCUUUCAUCUGCACCCAGUGCACCACUGACUUCACCUGCCGCUGGAGGCAGGACAAGGCAAAAGGCGGGAUAGUGCUCUGUGAAGACUGCAUGUCAUCCAAUCAGAAAAAGGCUUUGAAAGCUGAGCAUACCAAUAGGCUGAAAGCUGCAUUUGUCAAAGCACUGCAACAAGAGCAAGAAAUCGAGCAGCGUAUUAUUCAGCAGACAUCCUCGCCAGUCUCCCACAGUACCUCGUCAUCCUCUUCAUCUGCCUCUUUGUCGAUGAAGGCAGAGCAGCUGGUGUCUCAGCAGCUGAAGCAGGCUCAGGCCAGAGUGUCGUCCCUCCAGCACCACCACCAGAGCAGCCGAGUAGCCAACAUUCUUCAUCAUCACUCCAUCAAGCAGAGCUCGCAGGGCCACCUGUCACAUGGUGUCUCAUCAGUGGGGGUGAGAGGCGUCCCCCACUCCUUCUCCUCCUCCUCCCAGCUGCAGAGUGCAGUGGCGGCCGCAGCCUUGGUCAGCCGGCCAGGUAAGCAUGCCCACAUUUCCCACCGCUCUGUCCAGAGUUCAAAGGUGAGCAGCAGUGGGAUCGGCGGCGGCAGGAAUAUCAGCGGAGGUAGUGCAUCAUCCAGUGUGAAGAAGCAGAGCAACAGCAACACAGGAGUGACUAUGGCCUACGUGAACCCCAGCCUGACGGGUCACAAGACGUCAGCCACCGUGGACGCUCGUCAGGAGUACCUGCUGGACAUGAUCCCCUCUCGUUCGUCGAUCUCGCAGACUGCAAACACGUGGAAAUAAUUAAACAGUACUCUGCUAUUCAUGAUUACAUUAUUUGUCCAAGUUCUUCAGCACCAAUAAUGUGGUCCACGGCACCCCUGCAGGACUGUUAAGCAAUUACAAUCUCUCAAAGUGAAGAAACGUUCCUUAAUUACCUUGUAUGAUUCUUUGUUUUAGUUUUCUUAUUUUCUGUUGUUUAUUUUUGAGGUUCGCUGUUCUUGGAUAUUUGUGCGUAAACCAUUCUGAUUUGACAGGGGCAAAGAAAAAAUAAAUACUUGAAGGGCUUCCUCUGGGCUCUGUCCUCCAGACCGGGUAGUUAAUGUGUGAUAAGAGGUCAUGUUGCUGUGAGUACCUUUAUUAAAAUGAGGACUCCUUUAGGCUUACUAGCCCUUUCUAUCAUGAUGUGGGUCAAAUGAACCCGACCUUUUGAAACUUGAAUGGUUAUAAUCAUACCCAAGAUUUCACAUUCAACAAAAUACACAUUUGUUUCAAGUAAAAACAAAAUAACCAAGUUGUAAAAUUUCAGUACAUCACCAGUGUAGUUAAAGGUUUGAAUUAUUUUGUAUUUACAGUAAGUUAUUUGUUUUGUUUUUUCUUUUUGACUGAUGUUAAAAAUCACUCUGUAUAUUGUGGUUUCCACAAAUGAAGAGUUUAUUCUAGCUUUGUUUUUAUUUUUCCCUGUUUAACAGCAUGCCUAACCUUAAGCCCAUUGUGCACCUUAGCUGAAGAAGCGUGGUGUCUUCGCUUAAUUCAUCUGUAAUUACCAUCUGUAAUUUGCUUCUUUUGUAAUAAUGUCAACAUUGUAAGAUUAUUUUGAGUGUUACGUCAUCACUGAGAAAAUGCAAACUCUGAAGGAGCUGAAUUUGCCUCACUAGAGCCUCCAAUGUUCAUCCUUAUUCCACAGGAUAAACAAUACGUAAUCAUGAGUCUGUUCUUAAAGGAAACAUCUCCCGGUUACCAAGACUCUGGAUUACACAAGACCAUCUUUGUCAUGUUCCCCUCACCAUAAUUGCAUAAUUUCUCUGCUUUCCAGUAAUCUUAAUUGCAUUGUACAACUUAUGUUAAAAUUUAUUUGGUUUACUUUUUUCCUAGCUCCUAAAGAAAUAAAAAAUAUAAAUUUUAAA